AAUCCCCCGAGCUCCUCCCCUUAGUGCGUGGAGAGCUUCAUUUGAUCAAAUCCUUCAAGUUGGAGCGCUUCGCUGAAUAGCACUUUUCCACAACAUCUCAACUGUGGCUGCUUCACCGCGCUGCAACUUGUAUGAGGACUUCUUUCCAUCAAUAACUGACGCUAAAAGAGAGGAAAAGGACAGUGUACCGUGUUGUUAUCCGCGAUGGAGAGAGGAAUCAUAUAUUGCCGGGUAAAUGCUUUCUGCACCCUGCUUUUGGUCUUGUUCGCUUGGGUUCCGGUGACCAAAACAGUGAUAACUUGCAGGUCAUGUCACCUGCUGGAUAAGUGGAGUGGUCGGGAAUUAUUGGUGAGGAUGGACAGUGGUGUCGAUUUUGGUAAAGUUGGUGAUAAAAAUGGAGACGGGUCAACGGCGCUGUUUAAUUCGGCUGGUGCUGAAACUGAUCAACCCGACUGCGGCGUAACCGACAACUGCGAACAAGCUCACUCUGUGCGUAAAAGGAAUACGGACCGGCUCCGCUCAGAGAAAAUGCCACCCGAUGAUAAAUGGAAGUCGAUGCGCAGUAAUGGCAAAGUUUAUAACCUCAAACGUCCAGGUUCACAAGGUUCAGCCCCUGGAGAGCAGCAUCACCAAGUGCGUAGAAGCACCCAAGGACCAGGCUCUCCCCCAGGUGCGCGCUCGCCGCCGGCAUUUGGCAACAGCACCGCGCGGGCUGCUCGCAGAGUCCCCCGCUCUGAUCUGAGAUGGAACAGGGAAGAGCGGAGAACGUCCACAUCGCGACAGGAGGAGCUGAAACUUACCAGCUCUACCUUUGCGCUGACAGGGGAUUCCGCUCACAACCAAGCCAUGGUGCACUGGUCCGGCCAAAACAGCAGCGUGAUUCUCAUGCUGACCAAACUGUAUGACUUCAAUCUGGGAAGUGUCACAGAGAGCUCCUUAUGGAGGUCAACAGAUUACGGAACCACUUAUGAGAAACUCAAUGAAAAGGUGGGAGUAAAGACCAUCCUCAGCUAUCUAUACGUCAGCCCCAACAACAAGCGCAAGAUCAUGCUGCUGACAGAUCCAGAGGUGGAGAGCAGUUUGCUCAUCAGCUCAGAUGAAGGCGCCACCUAUCAAAAAUAUCGCCUCAACUUCUACAUCCUCAGCCUGCUGUUUCACCCUGAGCAGGAGGACUGGAUCCUCGCCUAUGGCCACGACCAGAAGCUCUACAGCUCUGUUGAGUUUGGCCGUCGAUGGCAGCUCGUUCACGAGCGGGUGGCGCCCAAUCGAUUCUACUGGUCUAAACUGGGCAUUGAUAAAGAGCCGGGCCUGAUUCACCUUGAAACCAGCAUCUCAGAAACCCAGGCUCUUUAUGUCACAUGCAAGCUUCAGAACUGCACAGAUGCCAAUAAGGGCAAACCUUUUCCUGGAUACAUUGACCCCAACUCCCUGGUGGUCCAAGAUGAGUAUGUGUUUGUCCAGGUGUCAACCGGCGGUCGGCCAAUCUACUACGUGUCAUCCAGGCGAGAUGUGUUUACACCCAUGAAGCUUCCCAAAUACACCCUUCCAAAGGAUCUGCAUGUGAUCAGUACAGAUGAGAAUCGGGUCGUGGCGGCAGUUCAAGAGUGGAACCAGAAUGACACUUACAACCUGUACGUGUCAGAGGCCGGAGGCAUUUACUACACGUUGGCUUUGGAAAACGUCAUGAGCAGUAUGGGACCAGAGGGAAAUGUCAUGAUAGAUUUAUAUGAGGUGGCAGGGAUAAAAGGCAUGUUCUUGGCUAAUAAGAAGCUAAAUAAUGAGGUGAAGACAUACAUAACCUAUAACAAAGGCCGUGACUGGAGGCUCCUGCAGGCUCCCUCGGCUGAUCUCAGAGGAAACCGAAUCCAUUGCAUGCUGCCAUACUGUUCUCUGCAUCUCCACCUGCACGUGUCUGCAAACCCGUACACAUCUGGAAACAUAGCCAGCAGAGAGUCGGCCCCUGGAAUCAUAGUGGCGUCAGGUUCAAUCGGUGCGGAGUUAACGAGCAGCAACGUUAGCAUGUUCAUCACAUCCGACGCUGGAAACACGUGGCGGCAGAUAUUUGACGAAGAGUACAGUGUGCUGUAUCUGGAUCAAGGCGGAGCUUUAGUGGCAAUUAGACACACCCCUCUUCCCAUCAGGCACCUCUGGUUGAGUUUUGAUGAGGGGAGGGUGUGGAACAAAUACAGUUUCACUUCAUCGCCCCUGUUCGUGGAUGGGGUCUUGGGUGAACCGGGCGAGGAAACACUUAUAAUGACGAUCUUCGGUCAUGUCAGUCACCGCUCAGAAUGGCAGCUGGUAAAGAUAGACUUCAGGUCUAUCUUUAACAGAAGAUGCAUCGAGUCUGACUAUGUGCCAUGGGAUUUACAUGACCAGGGUGAACGCUGCCUCAUGGGAGUCAAAAGAGUCUACCGAAAGCUGAAGCCCAUAGCAAGGUGUGUUAUGGGUAAAAUCUACUCUGUCACAAUGAUUUCCGAGCCAUGUGACUGCACUGAGUCGGACUUUGAGUGUGAUUAUGGCUUUGAGAGAAGGGCUGAUGGGAAAUGUACUCCAGCAUUCUGGUUCCUCCCCUCCUCUAUGUCUCGAACCUGUACUACAGAACACACGUUCCUCAACAGCACUGGGUACAGAAAGGUGGUGUAUAAUAACUGCACCAGAGGGGUGAUGGAGCAGUACACGGCUCGUAGGCAGCUGUGCCCUAGCCAGGCCCCUCGCGGCCUCCACUUAGUGACCAGCGAAGGGAAGCUAACGGCUACUCUUGCCAGCAACGUCACCUUCCUCGUCUUCCUGGAAGAGGGUGAUGGAUCGAAAACCAGCAUCACGGUGGAUUUCGGCGACGGAAACGCUUUCACUUACUCUAACGUGAGCUCUAUCGAGGAUGGCAUUAAACACAUCUACAAGAACGUGGGAAUCUACCGAGUGUCAGCCACGGCGGAGAACAGUCUGGGCUCGGAAACUGUGCUCCUCUUCCUACACAUUACGUGUCAACUGGAGUCUAUUCACCUCUCCGCCCCUUUUGUUGCUGUGAAAAAUAAAGAAGUCAAUUUGACAGUGGUUCUCUCACCAAGCCAAGUGGGAACUGUCACCUAUAUCUGGUGGUUUGGGAACAAUUCGGAGCCCAUGAUCACGCUGGAGGGGAGUGUGGCAUUCACGUUCUCUCGAGAGGGAAUCAGCGUUGUCGCUGUACAGGUGUCCGCUGGGAAUACCAUCCUGCAAGACAGGAAAACCAUCGCUGUCCACGAAUACUUCAGAUCUCAUCUUCUUGCCUUUUCAUCUAAUCUGGAUGAUCACAACCCUGAUGUGGCAGAAUGGAGGCUUGAUGCGAGUCGAGUCAUUAAAACAUCUAUGGUGCAGGCGACAGGAGUGAAUCCAGAGCAGCUGUUGGUUACUGUGUUGCCUGGACUGCCAACAGCGGCCGAGUUCUUCCUGUUACCAGACAAACAGCUGACAGAGGGGAAACCAGACAAAACAGCCACCCAUUUAGACCAGCUCUCAGAAAUGGUUCUCAGCGCUCUGAAUCAGAAUCUGGUUCAGUUCACACUCAGACCAGGAGUCCAGAUCACAGUAUACGCUGCCCAUUUAUCAGCAGCGCCUCUAGUGGACACAAGCGAGAAUCACAGCGGCUCAGCUAUGCUCAUGCUCCUCUCUGUGGUGGUGGUGGGUUUAGCCGUGUUCCUCAUCUAUAAAUUCAAAAGGAAGAUCCCAGGCCUCCACGUCUAUGCAGCGAUGCAGGACGAAAAAGAGCAAGAAAUGAUCCAGAGUCCAGUUUCUCCCACUGACAGCACACCCAGCUGCAGCUCUCAGAGAGAACUGCUCACAUCACUGGAGCCUCUGGACACAGAGCCCAACACCCAGACCAUCGAAUGCAUCAAUCCUCAUCCACGUGUCAAAUUCUCAUCAGAUCUUCCUACAUACAUCGACGUUUGAACUCUAGCCUCCGCCAUGUCAAGGACUUUGGUCAUGCGGACACAAAGGUUUCAAGCUUUAUUCAGUACUUGUGCAUGUUGGACAUUAACUUUACUGUGCUCUGUGAAUAGAACAAACUUUGUACAGCUUUUUUAUACAUCUGUGUAUUCAAUAAAACAUUUUUGAUGCUGUUCAUUUCUAAAGAUGCCAGUGUGUACAAAGUCUGAGGGAAAGGCCAGCAUGAAGGGUGGAAAAAAAUACAGUUAUUCUUGGUUACCUGUCUGUUUAUUUUUAUUGCUAACAGUGGCAGUUAUUCAUGGGCGUAAAACAUGGAUAUGUGGCAUUUUGGAAGUGUUUUAAUAAUAAAAUGUAACGUUAUUAAUGAUUAUUGUAAAAUGAAACACAUUUUUUGGGUUUCAUUUUGUAUAUCUAGCACAGCUGUACUUUACAUGUAACAGAAAUGUAGAUUUUACCACUAAUUUUAUGGGUUUCAUGCCUUUAUUCAUGAAACAGGGUUAAUGUUGAAGCUUGUUUAUCUUGUUUUGCUUCUCUGCAAUAUCAAAGUUUUUUUUUUUUUUUUCUUAGUAAAAUAAAUUAUUUGUGUUUCUAUGUAGAAAUAACUGACUGUUGGUUUACAGAUACAUAUCAAUCAUUGUCAAGAUAUGCUGUGUAAACUGACUUGAUGUUCUUGAGACAUUACGGCCAAGCAGAAGAUGAUAAUCAUAUACUGUGUCUAGUGUUUCAUAAACAAUUUUGUAUGGAAUAAUUUAUGUGCACUCACAGAGAGUUACAUGAUUUAUGCUUUCAUUUUGCUUGUUUAUUUGUCAUUUUUUUGUGCAUAUAAAUUCAGUCAUGACAUACCAAAAGUGAACUGUACAGGCUGACGGAUAUGAAUGUAUGAAUGUGUAAGUACAUAUUUAAACAUUAUUAUAUAUAUAUAUUUUUUUUUUUUACAUUCCCUCUUUACAUAUAAGCAGUAUAAAAUCACAGGAAAGAUGUGAUCAUUUGAUGAAUUGACUAAUUCUAAAGAAUCAGAAAUCAAAAUAAUGUGUGUCACAUUAUAUGGAAGGCAGCAUACAGACCUUCAUCCGCUAGCAUAUAGCCACUAGUCAAUAACUAUAAUAAUAAUAAACUAUAAUAUUUUACAUAUAGUAUUAAUAUAAUGGAUUCAGCUACUCAAAAAUUUCCAACAAUUCACAGCACAAAACACAUUGUUGGCACAAACCAUGUUUAUAUGAACCUGCAUUUCAUGUCAAUAUUUUAUUUUAUUUUUUAAAGUAAAUUCAAUUAAUGUUUUAUUUUAUCUUAUUUUUAAAUUACAUUUUAUUUUAUUUUAUUUUAUUUAUUUUUAUAAAAUUUUUAUUUAAUUUUUUAUUAAAUUAAUUUUCAAAAUAAACGUUAUUACAUUUAAUUUUAUUAUUUUUAAAUUACAUUUAAAUUUAAUUUAAUUUAUGCUUAAACCAAUUUUUAUAAUUUUUUUUAAUUGUAUUUAAUAUUAAUUUUAUUUUUAAAUUACAAUGUGUGCCAAAAUAGUUUGCAUGGUUAACAACAAAAUUAAUUAGAGACAAUUAUAUGGUUAGUACAGUAACAAUACACAGACCAUAGUACAGACCAUUUUUGCAUGUCCUCCUGUUUAUUAUAAUGAUGCUGUUACACACACAGCAGAGAUCAUCAUCUUUACGUCACACUCUUUUUCUUAUAUCUAUGGACUAUUCUGCUCCUUCAUUCAUUGCGUUUUCAUUUUCAUAUCAAGGUUAUAUUACAGCUAUUGUCAGUCCAUUCUCAUACACCAGUGAAUGUAAAUGGAGGUCAUCUUUAAUACAGAAUUGUCAGGAUAUUGAAAACAGCAUGUCUAAAAGGGAACUUUUAAUGGCUAAUUUUAUUUCAAUUGUCCUUGUCCGUCACCUUUUGUAGGCUGCGUAUAAAUAUCAUGUCACAGGAGUAGAGGAUGUUCAUACUGAGACAAUUCACUAUGGACUUGACACAAUCACAGUACAGAUUAUAUUUUCAUAAUAUCACGCGCUGCGGUCUGACACUGUCUUUAGCAUAUGAGACGAUGGAUGACAAGACUUUCAAGUUAUGAGAAGAAAGUGUCAGUCAAAUGAGUGCAGGGUAUUGUGGGUAAGGAAGGGGCAAUUUAAAGGAAUAAUAGCAAUAUCAUUUAAUUGUUUCUGCUGAAAAAAAUCAUAUAUGAUAAAAUCAGUGUUUGAUGAUCCAGAUCUAAAAAUUACAUUACUUCAAACCUGGUGGCUGAAGAUAAAUACAUUUUAAUUAUUAAAUUGAGUUGUACAUUCAGAUUGAAGACAGAGCUUUUGUUAAACCACUGGCUACAAAACAAGACACUUUAUGAACUUUGAAUGGACAAACUGUGGCAGCCAGGAAAUCAAAAUCCAGCGCUGCCACUUCUCUCUUAAGAGUAAGGAAGAUUAUUUUUGUAGAAGACAAGAGUUUUAUUACUGUAAAGAUUUUAUAUAUAUAUAUAUAUAAAUAUAUAAAAAUUUUAGGUGUGUAAUGUUUUGUUUCUUUAUUUUUUAUCUUUCUUUGACCUCAACUCUGUGCUCUGUGGAAUUGUUUCUGUUUGGUGCAAUCGUAUUUAUUAAAUGAAAUCAGUCCCUGUUAUUGUGUUUUGAUUUUCUUACAGUAUUUGUAAAAACAUCAUGUAAU